AUGAAAAUGCGCACGAAAAAUCCUCACUUGAAUCUCACUCAACUUAUACAUUACUCAACUAACUAUACCAUGUCACUACCUCACUAUGCUAUCCUCGAUAUGCUCCAUCAAGUAGAACAGGAUAAUUCUAACUCUAAUGAAGAGUUACUUUUGAUGAUUCGAGACAAAUUGCUCGAAACAAGGGAAGAAACAAACAUUGUUUUGCUUGCACAAUUUAGUAAAGCAUUAUAUACAACAAAGAAAUCUCAACUAUUAAUCCCAGCACUUGAUUUGUAUCAAGCGGAGAAGCCACUAUACACAAAGAGUCAAAAUCAAGUACCCUUAGCAACAUUGGUCAUCUAUUACAAGUAUACAUUUUUCAACUUGGUGAAUAUUCUUAUUGAACAUCCAAUUGAAGCUAUAAAAUCACAAGUGAAAUUAUUUAAUUACAUAUACAAAAAUCUAAAUACAGAUGAGAAGACGGUAGAUGAAGAAUUACUUUAUGCACUGAUGGCAAAAAAUUUAGAAGAUUUAUGUAACGAUAAAAAAGUCCCCAGCCGAACUUCGAAUGAAACUAAGGCAAAGAUCAAAAAUCUAAAUGCAUACGUGGCAAUAAAGCACCUUUAUGAGAGUUCUGGUAUAAACAGAUUUCCAAUAUCAUCUAUAAAAGGCAUGUUUGAAGUUGAAGAUGCUGCAGCGAUCUUUGCUGGUCAAGAAUCGCUUGAUUACGAGAUUGUGGAGGAUGUGUUGAUUUUAAACACGAGGCCAAGGAAAUUUACCAUUGAUCAAAUGGUAAACACACAGUUAGAAACUACGCAAUUGACGCAAAGACUCAGGGAUACAAUGGGAUAA